AAACCUCAACCACGCAUUCUCCAAGCGGCAACCUUCAGAAGCAUCACCAUCUUGCCGCGCGCAACGCCCGAUAUCGCAGUCGAGAACCGGAAUACCAAAUACAGAAUAUUAAAGAUGGAUUACGAUCCUAUGGUGAUGGACGAUGCCGAGGCCAUGGGCCCAGUCGUCAAAAUCUCCCAAGCGGACUCGGUACGCGUCAAGUACCAGCUAGCGAAUGCAGACAUAUCGUUUGCAAACUCCCUGCGGCGCGUGAUGCUCGCGGAGAUUCCGACGUUGGCGAUCGAUCUUGUGGAGAUCGAAGAGAACAGCUCGGUGCUCGCCGACGAGUUCGUAGCACACCGCCUAGGCCUCAUUCCACUAAACUCCGAGGGUGUCGACUCCAUGUUUUUCUCGCGCGAUUGCGAUUGCGAUAGCACCUGCGAGCGAUGCACGGUUACCCUUACUUUACACGCAAAGUGCACCGGUGACGAAAACAUGCAUGUGUUCGCGCGUGACCUCGUGCCGACGAGCGAGCGCAUCAACUCGGUUCUCGGCAACCCCAUCAUCUCGGACCCCGACGGCCUCGGCCCGCUCAUCCUUAAGCUCCGGCCAGGCCAGGAGGUCAAGCUUGUGUGCAUCGCAAAGAAGGGUAUUGCGAAGGAGCAUGCGAAGUGGGCGCCCUCGGCGGCCAUCGGCUUUGAGUACGACCCACACAACAAGCUUCAUCACAUCGACCUCUGGUACGAACAGGAUGCGAAAGCGGAAUGGCCACCAAGCGAGUAUGCCGAGUGGGAGGAACCACCCCAAGAAGGCGAGCCAUUCGACUAUGACGCCGUUCCCAACCGAUUCUACUUCAAUGUAGAAAGCGCCGGAAGCUUGCCACCCGACGUGAUCGUCAGCGAAGGGAUCAAGGUCAUCCAGCAGAAACUUGCCGGCCUGAUCCACGAGCUCAGCGAAGGCGACGGCGGCGACGGCAUGAACGGCGACUACGGCGGUCCCCGCAGCCCAGAAUACGCUACGGGCGCCGACGGGUUUGGCGGGUACACGACGCCGUUCGGAAACGGGGGUAACCAGAGCUCGUGGGGCGGCGCUGGCGGUACGACACCAUAUGGGACAACGCCGUAUGGCGGGGGCCAGAGCAGCUGGUCAUGAGUCUUGGUGGCCAUGUCGCUCUCGCGCGACCGGUGCCCCGUGCGUGCAGUCGCCGGUUUUUUAGGGGGACAUCUGGAUAGCAGGCUGCACUCAUAAUAUGUUCUAUAUUUGGAGAUACCAGCAGGCGUUCUGGCAAGGGAAGGGGCAGGGAUUUUCGCAUCAUUUCAUGGGAGAAAUUGGUUCUACAGGUGUCCAAGGCGACAAAAGUUCGUGUGUAUUUUGCAUGGUCUGUAAUUUAAUAGCACGGGAAUACAGGAAAAGCUAGUAGUAGCACUCAAGGAAAUGGGUGAGAGGAGAGAUAGAUAGACGGGCCGGCCAAGGGGCCCUUUUGUCAGGCACCAAUGCCUGCUAAUGCAAUUACAG